AGAAACAAAAGCUGUUGGUUAUUUAGUUGAACCACCAGAACGUAUUGAACCAAUGCAACCGGCUAAACAUACACAAACAGAUAUUGUUUAUAUUCGAUUUCUUGUACGACCAUUCACUGGGGAACAGCUGCGUCAAAUGAUUGUAACACAUUAUGGUCCAGUUGUUGACCUGUGGUUAGAUAAAAUCAAAUCAUCUUCACUUGUCCGUUUGCAAAGUGUUGAAUAUGCUACAAAAUGUCGUGAUGGUUUGGACGGUAGUCGUUGGCCAUCAAUGAAUCCACGUGUGCUACGUUGUGAUUAUGCAAGUAUAGAUUUAUUUGAAUGGAUGAAAGUCAACGGGGAUUCGAAUGAUCUUCAACCACCAAAGCAUCUAUUACUUGGUGGGGAUAAUUCUUCGUCAAAUGUAAAUACUACCAUGAUGAUGGUUGGUGAUAAACCAGAUAAUGAUUUUAUGACAUCUAGUGAUAAGAAACCUACUGAUUUACGACGGAAAUUAGAACGAAGCAAUCGAGACGUUGAACAGCCUGUUUCCGUCAAUAAAUCUCGACAAGGUGACAUUAAAGAGGCUCCGAUAGGGGAACUGAAACGUAA